AUGUCGUUAAAAUUUUUGCAGCUAUUUCGACAACCUCUCUAUUUGGACUAUUCAAUUUCCAAAUUCCCACAUUCAUUUCGAAAUUUCCAUUCCUCUCAAGUCCUUAACCGACAACGACAAGUACGCUAUCCCAUAGCCUCCUGGGGUAAGAAACUUGAAGAUAAGCGAACACAGCAGCACAAAGAACUCCUUCAAGCUAUCGCGGAUAUCAAAUCCCAGCACCAUGAGCGAACACAGCAGCACGGAGAACUCCUUAAAGCUAUCGCGAAUAUCAAACCUCAUCAAGCUUGA